AUGUUUCAUGUAUUUUUCGGUAACCACUUUCACAGGCUGUUCACCUUUUUUUCACAACACUAUGCUGAUUUUUUAAUUGAUGUUUCCAAGGUUUCUGUGUCAAAAUUUGCUGCUAUUUUUGGUCCCAGCCAUUUAGUCUACAACAUACACCUCUUCUCCCAUUUAUUCAAUUUCGUCAAGCUUUAUGGUUGCUUGGAUCGUUUUUCCUGUUUUCCCUAUGAAUCGGAGCUGGGACAUUUGAAGCAUUACAUACAUGGGCCAAAACCACCAGCUGUUCAGCUUUAUCGCCGACUGGCCGAGCGUGUGGGAUUGGAUGCUGUCGAAAGGAAGAUAUUUUUGGAUGAUGUUGGUUUGCGACUGAGGCCAUCAGCCACUUCUGGAUGUCACAGGUUUAUUCAUAGGGAUGUCGUGUUUUCGAAAAACUUUCCCGACAACUGCAUUUUGCUUGAUGGUCAACCAACUGUCAUUGUAGAUUUUUCUGGAGAUACUAUUGAGUAUCAGAAAUUCAAAACUGUUCUCCCGCUUUACACUCACGUAUUGAUAUCGACAGACGUUUUAGUUUUGCAAUGCUCUGACUUACAACACACUCGGUUGUUUGCAUCAGUCGACCAAAUAUCUUCUGCAGAGACACUCGUAUGUACUUCCCCAUUUUGCAUACCCUUAUCGAUCAAGCAAAACGAUGAACGGCUGGUACGUCAAUCCAGGCGCAAACAGUAUGUUGAUCAAUCGUAUUACGAUGGUUGCAGUACAAAGAAACGGCUGUCUGAAUUUACAGACGGGUCGGAUCGUAAUUCUAGUGGUGACAUCACUUUGUCUGCAAACAUAGUCGUAAGCCCACCAAGUCCACAAAUACCACGUACCAAUCCGACUGCCGCAAUUAGUGGAUCAUUCCUGUUCAAGAAGCGCCAAAGGUCCCUGGUGAUGCCCUGA